GCGACCAACUGACUUGCAUACAAAAUGUUUGGUGCUUUCCGACCUACGUCGGUAAAUCUAGGCGGUCUACUAUGGAAAACGCCAUGGAAGUUGUCAAUCACACGAAAAGCCAAUGCGCGUGCUCGUCUGAAGAAAGUAGACGCAGUCAUUGAAACGGUCAGAGCAAGUGGCAUACAAUGCGGUGCAUUGGAGAAGGCACUACAGCUGCCUAAAGAGCACGAGAUGGAUCCCAAGGAUAAAUACACGGUGUUCAGUGCGACUUCACGAGGCUAUCGAAAGGGCAUUCACAAAGUGCCCAAAUGGACUAGACUCACACUAAGAGUCAACCCGAAGGGAUUUUAAGUGAUGCCUCUUUAUAUAGAAUGCAGUAUUGUACUUUUAACUUAAUCCCAUGGGAUCGACUAGAAAAACACCAGUUGGAU